GGUGGAUGCGGCUCUCCGGCGACCUCGGCCAAUGAGCCGCGGGGGACGGGCCCAGUGCCGGCAGCGGCGAUGGCGGCGGAGGCGGCUCCGCGGCGCGUGGGCUUUGUGGGCGCCGGCCGCAUGGCGGAGGCCAUCGCGCGGGGCCUCAUCCGAGCAGGGAAGGUGGAAGCGCAGCAUGUGAUGGCCAGUGCACCGACCGACAGGAACCUCUGCCACUUCCGGGCUCUGGGCUGCCAGACCACCCACUCGAACCAGGAGGUGCUGCAGACCUGUUCCCUCGUCAUCCUCGCCACCAAGCCCCACGUCCUGCCUGGCGUCCUGGCGGAGCUGGCCUCUGCGGUCACCACGGAGCACAUCUUGGUGUCCGUGGCUGCCGGGGUCCCGCUUAGCACCCUGGAGGAGCUGCUGCCCCCGAACACCCGGGUGCUGCGGGUCUCACCCAACCUGCCCUGCAUGGUCCAGGAGGGGGCCAUGGUGAUGGCCCUGGGCCGCUGUGCUGGGAGCGGUGAAGCCAGGCUCCUGCAGAACCUUCUAGAAGCCUGCGGGCAGUGCGAGGAGGUACCCGAGGCUUACGUGGACAUCCACACCGGCCUGAGCGGCAGCGGCGUGGCCUUCGCGUGCACGUUCUCUGAGGCCCUGGCUGAAGGCGCCAUCAAGAUGGGCAUGCCCAGCGGCCUGGCCCACCGCAUUGCUGCGCAGACGCUGCUGGGGACAGCCAAGAUGCUGCUGCAGGAGGGGCGACUCCCGGCCCAGCUGCGCACCGACGUGCUCACGCCCGGGGGCACCACCAUCUACGGGCUGCACGCUCUGGAGCAGGGCGGGCUGCGCGCGGCUACCAUGAGUGCCGUGGAGGCGGCCACCUGCCGGGCCAAGGAGCUCAGCAGGAAGUAGGCUCUGGGUGAAGCCGGCAGCCCUCCGUGCCCUGCCCCAGGGAAAUGCAAGGGGCCAGGCUUUGAGCAGGCAGGCUCCCUCCCCCGCAUGGCAGAAGGCUCCAGGGCGGUGGCCCCUGGUGAGCCCUUGGUGAUCGGUGACACUGGUCCUGAGAGCUGGCACCGUGCAGGGGGCUGCCUUCUGUGAGCACAGCUGUAGGCGACAGCAGCCCAGCCGGCCACCUGGUCUGGACGCAGGCCCUUUGCAUUUCCCAGUGUCCGGGGGCGCUGCCUGGCCAGCUUUCUCAUUUGGCUCCACCCAGGGGCCCAUGGCCUGCUGUGGGGUGGGGCCGCCAUGGGGAGCCGGAGCUUCCCGCCAGCCCCGAUGAGCGGCUGGCCACCUGCAGCUCGGUCCCCGGCACCGGACACUGCCCAGGGCUCCCCUGGCCUCCCUGCCCUGCCCUCACCUCCCCCCAGCAGCCUCCUGAGGCUGGCCGUGAGAGGGCGGUCCCCGCUGGGCCAUCUGCCGGCUGGGUGACCUUACACAAAUUAACCCCCCGCCCGAAACAGGGCUCCUGGCAUCCAGAGAACAGGAGCGAUGUCCUACCCCCCCCCCCCACGCUCUGCACCCCGUAGCUCCACCCCCGUUCCCAGGCAGCCCUGCCGCCAAGGGCCCACUCGCUGGCCGGGCUCUGCAGGUCUGGUGCAGGCCGCCUGCGCGCAGGGACCCUGGGGACAGCCACCAGAGGACCACCUGCCCCCAGAGAGAUCACUGCUGAAUCGGAGCCAGCCCCUGCCAACCACCGGCGACCAGCGCAGCUACGCUUCAGAGGUCCUGGCUGUGACCAGCGUGUGUGGAGCCCCGCCCAGCCGACCACAGCCCAGGGCCGGGACUGUUCCCUGAGUGGUGGGUGUGGGGGAGGGAGCACCGGGCUCCGGCCGCGGGUCUUUGAGGCCCUUCCUCGCCUCACACUGCCAACACCGUUGAGCAGCGUGGACAGAGGGUGUGAUCGCAGGCAUUCCGAAUCCCGGUUUCAUGUCCCAUCCUUGCUGUGUUCCAGAACCGCCCUUCGGAUCACAAGUUAAGAGUUUAAAAUAGAGGUGCUUACGAGCUCUCCUGUUCAA